UUCACCUUCUUCACAAGAAAAUAAGAUUUGUUUGGAUCAUAGAGAAACCAUGGAAGAAGGACUACUAAGAGACGUCUUCAGUAACAUAAAUGGGGAUGCAGUUGAUGGGAGUCAAACAAUGCCCAGUGGGUCCCCAUCAGUCACCAUUGUUGUUGUUCUAAGCACUUUGGUGGCCCUCUGUGGAUCUCUCUCUGCUGGCUGUGCCACAGGAUAUUCAUCAGCUGCUGAAUCUGGGAUCGUUGAAGACUUGGACCUUACUCUUGCUGCCUACUCAGUUUUCGGUUCAAUACUGACAGUAGGAGGAAUGAUUGGCGGAUUACUAAAUGGAAAAAUGGCGGAUAUGAUCGGUCGUAGGGGUACAAUGGGAGUCUCUGCAAUAUUCAGCUCUGCAGGGUGGCUCACUAUUGCAUUUGCGAAGAAUGCUUGGUGGCUGGAUACUGGACGACUGUCAGUGGGAUUUGGCAUCGGGAUAAUUAUGUACGUGGUACCUGUCUACAUAUCAGAAAUAACACCUAAGAAUCUCAGAGGAACAUUUACUUCAGCUAAUCAGUUUUUCAUUAGCUGCGGUUUUUCGCUAUUCUAUUUCAUUGGAAACGCCCUACCCUGGCGCACCAUUGCAGUAAUCGGUGCAAUUCCAACCCUACUACAAAUUAUAGGUUUAUUUUUCAUCCCAGAGUCUCCAAGGUGGCUGGCCAAAAUUGGUAAACAAGAAGACCUUGAAGCCACUCUGCAGCGUCUUAGAGGAACGAAGAUUUCUGUAUCUCAAGAAGCAGCUGAUAUCAUGGAUUAUACAGAAAUGUUUCAGCAGCACUCAGAAAGUAUGCUAGACUUGUUCCAUAAGAGAUACGCUGACUCGCUCAUCAUUGGUGUCGGGCUGAUGUUUCUACAACAAUUUUCCGGGGCUAAUGCAACGGCUUUUUAUGGAAGCUCUAUAUUUGUAGAUGCCGAUUUCUCAAGUAGUGUCGGGACUAUUGCAUUGGCUAUUAGCGGGAUACCUUCUGUUGCGUUGUGUGUUUUCUUGACUGACAAAUCUGGACGACGACGACUUCUAAUGGUUUCUGCUGCCGGAAUGUGCCUGAGUUCGUUUCUUGUGGGCUUGGCAUUCUAUUUUCAGGACCUCGACCUGUGGAAGAAAGGAACUCCAGUUCUCGUUCUCAUCGGCAUGCUGGGUUAUGGUACGACAUAUUUGAUCGGAAUGUCAGGAUUACCGUGGGUUAUUAUGUCAGAGAUUUUCCCGGUAAACAUUAAAGGUUCGGCCGGAAGCCUGUUGAGUUUGGUGUACUGGUCUUGUUCUUGGAUAACAACUUACACCUUCAAUUUUAUGAUGGAGUGGAGCUCGGCAGGAACGUUUUUCUUCUACGCAGCCAUUGCCGGUUUAACUGUUUUGUUCGCAGCAAAGCUAGUGCCGGAGACCAAGGGGAGAACCCUAGAAGAAAUACAAGCAUCAAUCGCCCAUUUUGUUUAAUAUCUGUAGAAUUUCAC